AUGCUAUCUGCCGCAAAUGCAACAGCAACCAAAACCAGCCGACUGGUGUUUGGCGCUCGCAGUCUCAGUCUCAGCUGUCGCCCACUUACUGCUACCACCGUAGUUUCCAAUGCUCUGUCCCGUACACAGCAGCACACUUUACUCUCACCACGCUCAUUCUCAACCAGCAGCACUCGCAAGUCUCAGUCAGCCGGCAUUGCCGCCGAAGGACCGCUUACCAGCGGGCUGGAAAAGGGCCAAGAGCUGCAUGGAUUUAAAGUGGAGGACAUACAGACGAUCUCCGAGCUCAAGCUGCGUGCGAUUCAGCUGCGGCACCAGCAGACCGGCGCCGAAUGGCUGCAUAUUGAGCGCGACGACAAGAACAACGUAUUCAGCAUUGGAUUCAACACGUCAGUGAGCGACAGCACCGGAGUCCCACAUAUUCUCGAACAUACGACAUUGUGCGGAUCCGAGAAGUAUCCCGUGCGCGAUCCGUUUUUCAAGAUGCUUAAUCGGUCAAUGUCAACCUUCAUGAAUGCUUGGACGGCGCAUGAUUACACGCAGUAUCCAUUUGCAACGCAGAAUGCCAGGGAUUAUGAGAACUUGCAGGGUGUUUAUUUGGACGCGGUGUUUAAGCCAACACUGCGGGAGGUGGAUUUCAGACAAGAAGGGUGGAGGUUGGAGCGGAAUCCGGAUGGCGCUCUCGGGUGGCAGUUCAAGGGCGUUGUUUAUAAUGAGAUGAAGGGUGCAUUUUCGGACGCCGGCAGUCUGUAUGCGACCAGGGCAGAACAGCAGCUGUUCCCGGGCACGACAUACCAAUAUGUCAGCGGCGGUGACCCGGAGUUUAUCCCGGAUCUGACGCACGAGCAGCUGGUCGAGUUCCACCGGACCAGGUACCACCCGAGCAACGCGCGUAUCUACUCAUACGGAAACCUGCCGCUGGCGCCGCAGCUGCAGCGGGUCGCCCAGGUCAUCGGGUCGUACACGCGGAUUACGCCAGCCACGGUGGGGAUGGACGUGGAGGAGUUUGGCGAGAAAAUGACGUUCUCCAUGAGCAUGUUUUCCAGCUUGCUUUUGAACGGCACAUCGGCGCCAAUGCACAAGGCGCUGAUUGACUCGCAUAUUGGGCUGGACUACAGCGCUAACACCGGGUAUAGCCCGUAUACUAGGCGCACGUCGCUGGCGGUGGGGCUGCAGGGGAUUUCAGACAGUGAUAUUCCGCUGGUGGAGCGCCGGAUCAGGGAAACAUUCGCCUUGGUGCAUGAGCAAGGCUUUGAGCGGCGCCGCGUGGACGCUGCAUUGGCAGGUGUGGAGCUGGCGUAUAAGCACCGGACUGCGGAUUUCGGGCUCAGCCUGAUGAAGUCCAUCAGCACCGGGUGGUUCCAUGGGGUUAACCCGGUGGAGUACCUUAAGGUUAGCGAGAACGUAGCGCGCUUGCGCGCAGACAUUGAGCGCGGUGGGUUCUUCGAGUCCCUCGCCGACCGCUACUUCCUCAACAGCCAGCAUACGCUUAAGUACGCGAUGCUGCCGGACACCAAAUAUAAUGAGCGGCUGGAUCGCAGGGAGCACGAGCUGAUCCAGGGCAAGCUGGCGUCUUUGAGCAGUGCGGAUCUGGCUCUGGUUGACCGCAAGAACGAGGCAUUGGCGCAGGAGCAGAUGCGCCAGGAGGACCUGAGCUCGCUGCCGACGCUGACGCUAGCAGAUGUGCCUGCGGAUGCCGGGCGCUAUGCUUUGUCGAUGGGCGUGGCGGGCGACGGCACGCCGGUUCCGGUGCAGUGGCGUACGACUUCGACUAAUGGGAUCAGCUACCUGCGCGUCAUCAAUGAUGUGCGGGACAAGUAUCCGGAGCUCCGCGCAUACCUGCCCUUGUUCUGCGAGUGCCUGACGUAUCUCGGCACGACAUCGCGCGACAUGGCGGAGAUCGAGACCGAUAUCCGUCUGCAUACCGGCGGCAUUUCAUUCUCACCCUUUGUGACGACGGAUCUUGCGAACCUGGGUCAUAUUGAGGCUGGAAUUUCAUUCGGGUCGCAUUGCUUAGACCAGCAUAUUGAACCCAUGUACGGGUUGGUAUUGGAACUCGUGCGGGAGACUAAUUUUGGCAACAAGGACCGACUGAAGGCAUUGCUGAAUGCGCUGGCGAGCAAUAUGUUUAACGACGUGGCUAGCUCCGGACACGCAUAUGCGAGGAGACUGGCGGCAUCGACGCUUGUGCCGGAGGCGGGGGCGCUGGAAACGAUGAAUGGGAUUUCUCAGGUCAAGUUUAUCAGUGACUUGGCGAGGCUCAAGGACCUGGACCCCGUGGUGGAGAAGCUUAAGCGCGUGCAGGAAGUUGUGUUCAACAAGCUGACUAUGCGCACGGCAGUGACGACCAAUAAGGGAAGCUCUGACGAUAACCAGCGCGCGCUGGAUCAUUUGCUCCAGUCCUACCCCCAGCAAGGCCACCAGCAGCAGUCGAAGCAAGGGGGCUGGAAGGAGGUGGAGAAAUUCACUGCAACCAGCGGUCGGUUCUUCUGCCCAUUGCCUUUUGCAACUAACUACGCCGGUAUGGCGACCCGCUGUGUUCCUUAUAACCACGCAGACAGCGUCAAACUCCAGCUGCUGGCCAAAUUCCUCACUCCCAAUUACCUGCACCGGGAGAUCCGCGAACGCAACGGAGCCUAUGGCGGUGGCGCCGGGUAUUCUGCACUCCAGGGUGUUUUCAGCUUCUUCUCGUACCGUGACCCAAGUCCCCUGACGUCCAUCGAGACUUUUGCAAAGUCUAUCGAGUGGAUUACCGCAGAGAAACAUGAGAUCUCAGAGAGGGAGAUGAUGGAGGCCAAGCUGUCUGUGUUUGGAGAUUUGGAUACGCCGUUGUCUGUGGCUGAGGAGGGUAUGGGGUAUUUUACCACUGGGGUUACGGAUGACAUGAGGCAGGAACGCAGGGAGCAGUUCUUUGCUGUUACGCCGGCUGAUCUGAAGGACGUUGCCUGUAGGUAUUUGGCCUCGGAGAAUGCCGCCAAGGUCACCUCUGUUGCGGUUAUUGGAGAAGAGACCCUGGCCAUUUCCGGUGACUGGGCCCAGGUACAUCUGAAGUAACAUAAAUUAUAUGGCAUGAAAUAUGUUUUUUUUAUUAUAGUUUAUAUGCGAUU